AUGGGUGACUGGAGCUUUCUGGGGCGGCUGCUGGAGAACGCACAGGAACAUUCGACGGUGAUCGGCAAGGUGUGGCUGACGGUCCUCUUCAUCUUCAGGAUCCUGGUCCUGGGGGCGGCGGCCGAGGACGUGUGGGGCGACGAGCAGUCGGACUUUACCUGCAACACCCAGCAGCCCGGGUGCGAGAACGUCUGCUACGACGAGGCCUUCCCCAUCUCCCACAUCCGCUUCUGGGUGCUGCAGAUCAUCUUCGUCUCCACGCCCACCCUCAUCUACCUGGGCCACGUGCUGCACAUCGUCCGCAUGGAGGAGAAGCGGAAGGAGAGGGAGGAGGAGCUGCGGAAGAUCCGGCUGCAGCGGGAAAAGGAGCUCCUCUUGAAGAACGGGGGUGGUGGCAAGAAGGAGAGGCUGCCGAUCAGAGACGAGCACGGGAAAAUCCGCAUCAGGGGCGCCCUGCUGCGCACCUACGUGUUCAACAUCAUUUUCAAGACACUGUUCGAGGUGGGCUUCAUCCUGGGCCAGUACUUCCUCUACGGCUUCCAGCUGCGGCCGCUGUAUAAGUGCGCCCGCUGGCCCUGCCCCAAUACAGUAGACUGCUUCAUCUCCAGGCCCACGGAGAAGACCAUUUUCAUCCUAUUUAUGCUUGUGGUGGCUUGCGUGUCCCUUUUGCUGAAUUUGUUAGAGAUCUAUCACCUGGGAUGGAAGAAGGUCAAGCAGGGCAUGACCAACGAGUGUGCACUGCCCUGCCCUGACCCAGAGUCUGAGCCCGAUCCUGCUGCCCCAAUCCCCGUCCCGAGAACUGCGCCCCAUAUCCACUGCUACCCACCCAACUACACGGACAUGACUGUGGCAGAGAGCGGGGUGUACCCAUCACCAGUGGGGCCCAUGGCUGACUUCAAAAUGGAGGACCCACAGGACCUGAUCUCCUCCUUCUACACCAGCAACAACAACAACAGCCACCAGCAGCAACAGGCCUCGGAGCAGAACUGGGCCAACCGGGCCACUGAAAGGCUGCUGACUCUGGAGAGGAAGCCCAAAUCCCCCUGCCCCUCCAAACCCUCUUCCUCCCCCUCGUCCCCCUCCCCAAAUCCCUCUCCCAUCUCUGAUUGCAGUAUCCAUAGUGACCAGCCACAGCAGCAGCCACCAGCCAAGGACGACGGCGAGCAGUUACCGCCAGACAAGGGCUGUGUCACCACCUUGGUGGAGAUGCAUGAGGCGCCCCUGGUUGCCAUGGAUACCCGGCGACUGAGUCGGGCCAGCAAGACCAGUAGCGUCAGGGCCAGACCAAAUGACCUGGCCAUCUAG